GCAUAUUUGUGUUACCCCCCACAGUAUUCUAGCUGAGGAAGCUGAAAAAUUACCUUUUUCACGCAGCCACAAGAAGACCCAUCGUGGACCGCAAUCCGCUCAGUGUCGUCAACACGAAACCAAAGCGUCUAACCAUGGUGAUGUCCACAGUGAUAAUGGUCUACUGGAUGAUAUAGAUGAUCUUUUAUCUUCAUCCAGUGAUUCUGACUCUGAUACGGAAGUUUCUGCUGCAACCCAAGCGGAAAUACUGUCAUCUUUGUUGGCUCACCGACGUAACGAGAGAAACAAGCAAAUGCAACUGUCACCUCCGCAUGCAAGAGUACCAAAAAGGCAAAGGGACCAAGAAGAACAAGCACCACGUCCGAAAGCUCCCAAACGUCCGAAGAAACAGCCCAAGGGUAAAGCGUCUACUGAAAAGCAGCAGAAAGCGACUGCCGCUGACGCUGCAACGACUACCGUCGCCUCUGCCCCUCCCAAACGAUCCAAAGUGAACCCUGUCAACUUGAAAACCCGCCGUGUGCAGCCCAUUGAAAAGGAUGAAAAUGGCAAUCCCAAACUACCUCAAAACAUUGGCGUAUCUACUAUUCUUUGUCUUGGAGAAAUCGUCACUGAUAGAAAGACAUUCCAUAAUGAAAGAUAUAUUUUCCCCGUCGGCUAUAAAGUCCAAAGAACUUACCCCAGCAUGAUUCACCCUGAUGCCAAUACCAUCGUCACCUCUACUAUUCUGGAUGGUGGAGAAGGCCCUCUAUUUCACAUUUCUGCUGCUGAUCAACCUGAAGAACCCAUCGUUGCUAAUUCCGCUACAGGUGCAUGGACAGCGGUCGUCCGUAAAGCGAAUGAAAUAAGGAAGCGUGAUCAUUCUAACUCGGCGAGUGGUCCUGAUUACUAUGGUUUCAAACAUCCUACCAUUGCUAAAAUGAUUCAGGAUUUGCCAGGCGCCAAAAAGCUACCUAACUAUCUUUGGCAAUCUUUUGAAGAAAUGGAACCCAAAGCCGCCAAAGGUGUUAUGGCCGCUGCUCAGAAGAAAAGAGGAAACCUUGAAAUUAUGGGCAAUGCAAACCGAAAGACUCCAACAAAACAAAAAAGUUAA